UUGAGGUAUAGCGGGCUUCUGAUCAGUGAUGGCCAUGGGACCUCCCACUUGGUUUCUUUUUCUCUCAAGAAGUAGCCGCCUUUGUCUCUUCUUUACAUCUUUAAAUACCCACUUACCCAGAUGCCUUGAAUCCAUUCCCAUUUACUCCCAUUUCAGUUUUCACUUCAUUACCAACGUUACUAGCGCAGAAGAAGAAGUUUCAGAAAAUGAAUUCAGACACCGAACAAGAAACCAACACUGCCAUGUCUCCCACCAUUCCUCUCCUUACUCCGUACAAGUUGGGCAACUUCAGCCUUUCGCAUAGAGUUGUUCUGGCACCAUUAACUAGGCAGAGAUCAUAUAACAAUGUCCCUCAGCCACAUGCUAUCUUGUAUUACUCUCAGAGAACAACCAAAGGAGGUCUUCUUAUAACUGAAGCCACUGGAGUUUCUGACACUGCUCAAGGGUAUCCUGACACUCCAGGCAUUUGGACCAAAGAACAAGUUGAGGCAUGGAAACCCAUAGUAGAUGCUGUUCAUGCCAAAGGCGGUAUCUUCUUUUGUCAAAUUUGGCAUGUUGGCAGAGUUUCAAAUUCAGGUUUUCAACCAAAUGGACAGGCUCCAAUAUCUUCUACAGACAAGCCUUUGACUCCUCAACUUCGAAGUAAUGGAAUUGAUAUUGCAGAGUUCACACCUCCUAGGCGACUAAGAACAGAUGAAAUUCCUCAAAUUGUGCAUGAUUUUAGAAUGGCUGCAAGGAAUGCCUUGAAUGCUGGUUUUGAUGGAGUCGAGAUCCAUGGGGCUCAUGGCUACCUAAUUGACCAGUUUAUGAAAGAUAAAGUGAAUGAUCGGACUGAUCAAUAUGGUGGGUCUCUAGAGAACCGUUGCCGUUUUGCCUUGGAGGUUGUUGAAGCUGUAGCCAAUGAGAUAGGAGCAGAUAAACUUGGAAUUAGGUUAUCUCCUUUUGCAGACUAUAUGGAAUCAGGGGACUCAAAUCCUAAGGCUCUGGGACUUUACAUGGCUGAAUCCUUGAACAAACUUGGAAUUUUAUACUGCCACAUGGUUGAGCCGAGAAUGAAAACAGCCUGGGAAAAAUCUGACUGUCCAAAUAGUCUUGUGCCCAUGAGAAAGGCUUUCAAAGGUUCUUUUAUUGCUGCUGGAGGUUAUAACAACGAAGAUGGAAACAAAGCUGUGGAAGAAAACCGGGCAGACCUUGUUGCUUUUGGUCGAUUUUUCUUGGCUAAUCCAGAUUUACCAAGGAGAUUUGAGCUUAAUGCUCCUCUCGAAAAGUACAUCAGAGAAACAUUCUACAUAUCAGAUCCUGUGCUCGGCUAUACUGAUUAUCCAUUUCUUGAAGCCACUGCUUAAGUUUCUGGAAGGAGAAUCAGAACCUGUGUUGCAAUCCUAUCAAUAAAUUCUUCCUUUCUGAUAGCUGAUCCAAAAACCUAUGCUAAAGAAGAGAUGAAUGUACUAAUUAGGCUUGCCAUAGCCAUAAAAGCUUGUUUCAUCAAUUACUACUGCGUAUAAUUUAAGUUU